AAUCAUAUUAAACAACACAUAGAGACUCGCACGACUGCCAAUUAUUCGCUAGUGCAUGAUACAGUCGCACACUUAUAGAGACGAUCAGCAGAGGUCUGCAACUGGUAACUGUUCUAUGGAAAGAACUACACGUUCAAGUUACUGCGAUGAAGUCUUCAGAUUGGAUGCCGAUUUUCUGGCACCCGCGAUAUAUGGACAUGAUGCUUGCAAGCGAAUUUCGAAAGAUCCCAGCAAUUUCCGCCGCUCUAUAAAUGAUGAGUGAAAUCGGAGUAUCGAAGCACUUCGUCUAUUCCCCGCCUUUCCUACACGGCUGUUACUAUGCUUGACUACAUAGGCAACAACAAUUUCGCUUUCCUUCUAUUGGCGCUCUUGACGCCGGCGUCCCUCAUUUCUCUUUUUCUCUUUUCUGUGUUGAGUAUCAAGGCUAGCAGAGAGCAUGCAAGUGUACCAUUACCUCUGCCUUGGGUAGGAAGGAAGAAUCAGUUGUUUGCUUCAAUCCGGGCCAACUACAGGGGUUUCGUUAAAUCUGUGGAGCUCUUCACCUCUGGAUACCGUACGUAUUCCAAGAAGGACCAGACAUACGUCGUACCAACGUGGACCAAAGGUCCACAGGUCAUCGUACCGCCUGCGUAUGGGAACUGGAUUGCCUCACGGCCUGAUGCGUUGCUCAAUGCAAAGGAUUGUACUUUUGAGACCGCUCAGUUCACGUAUACUGUCGGACAUCCAGAGAUCACGUCCAACGACAUGAUCGAUAUUUUAAUCAAGCGCGAAUUGACUCGCACUAUUGGCUCGCUGAACAAUGAGAUCCUGGAAGAAGUCAACGCUUCUAUGAUUGAUAUCUUUGGGACCAGCGGUGAAUGGGUUGACGUAGGAGUAUUCGACUCCUUGACACGCACCGUUGGCAGAGCUGCCAACCGAGUUUUCGUUGGCGCGGAGCUCUGUUCAGACAUGGAGUACCUGAUGGCCGGUGUCCACUUCGCCCGAGAUAUUUCCGUUAGCAGCUACAUCCUCCACGCCUUCCCCAGAUUCUUGAGACCAUUUGUGGCUUUGUUCGCUACCUAUCCAAACCGUCGACAUGCCAAAAUCUGUAUGAGGUACCUGGAGCCUCUCAUUGCGGAACGUAUUGACAACAUGAAGCGAAAGGAACGCGAUCCUAGCUAUGCCUGGGAAGUCCCAGAAGAUUUCAUCACUUGGAUGGUCCGCGAAUCGCUCAAGAGAAAGACAGAAGACGAACGUUCGGUCUAUGCCCUCGCUUAUCGUGUUGUCCUGCUACAGUUUGCGGCCAUUACAACGAGCACCAUCAUGUCCACAAACGCCUUGUUGGACAUCUGGAGUGCCCCCAACACGGAAGAACUCGUCGACUCCCUGCGAGACGAGGCCUCCCGUGUACUUGCCGAGCACAAUGGAGAAUGGAGUAAGGCUGCGUUAGCCAAACUUUAUCGAUUGGACAGCGCCAUCAGAGAGAGUUCACGUGUCUCCGGCGUUGGUGGUACAGCGUUGGCGAGGAAGGUCAAGCCCGACAAUGGUAUCACCCUGCCGAACGGACUGUGGCUUCCUAAGGGCUCUACUGUGGGAGUAUCUAUGGAUGGCAUUCAUUUUGAUGAAGCUUUCUAUGAGGACCCAUCAACAUUUGAUGCCUUCCGAUUCUCCAGACCCAGGGAGGAUCCAUCUUAUGAUGAGAAGGGAGUGAAUGAAGAUUUGGUUACGACCUCACCGCACUGGUUGACCUUCUCCCACGGUAUCCAUGCUUGUCCAGGCCGUCAUUUUGCAGUUAACAACAUCAAGAUGAUUCUUGCUCAGCUCUUGCUGAAUUAUGAUGUGAAGCCAUUCGAUACGAGGCCCCCGAACUUCUCAAUAGGAGACCUCUCAGUCGUCCCUGUCAAGGCCAGGAUGAAGAUUAGAAGGCGGCAGAUCAAAGCAUAGACGGACUCCGUGUUCUACUUGUCAAUAUUUUCAGAUAUAGCGUCGGGCAAGUUUUGCAGACAGGUCUGUAGAGGUUUAUGUAUUUGACUAUUAGAUAUUUCAUCCGCGCCUUUUACCUUCGCAUUUGCAAUAAACGAUCAUCCCGAGUAUUGAUCCUGAUGUCGAGUUGGACUGCGGCACCCAUAAGGCUACUACGAUCCCAUUUACAACGGGGGUAGUAGGGUGCGAGAAUGUUAUCGCUUUGUCCGACGACCGGAGUGUCUACAGACAGGCAUAUUCACAUGAAGAUGUGCCUUGUCAAUUAAAGUAGCAAUGUAGGA